AUGGCACCCACAAAUUCCUCCACCACUCCGGGCUUUGCCAGCUUCCAAAGGCAUCUUUCCACCGAGCCUGUCGAUUCCUCCACCCAAUAUCUCGUCUCUCUCCUCAAAAGACGCCAAAUCAAGGGCUCCAAAAGAUGUGCCGUGGCAACCACCAUUCUACUCCUUCGCACCGUCGAGUUGACCAAACAGCCCGACUCCGCCAGACUCAUCCAGAGAGUCUCGGAAGUGGGAAAGAAAUUGAUUGACGCUGCUCCCCAUGAGCCUGCCGUUGGAAACAUUGUCCGUCGCGUUCUGGCCAUCAUACGUGAGGAGGAGGAAGACGAUCAAAAGGGAGACUACAGUGCUCCUGUCAGUGAGCCCGAAUCCGACAAUGUCACUCCCCUCGAUCAUCCUCAAUCAAGAUCCGUAUCCCAUGGUUUACCCAAUGGCUUCUUCAACAGGGCUGAUACCGCCAUGGGCUCUUCACCUUCCCCUUCACGCUCGGGAGGUGCCUCUCGCCCUCCCUUGAUGAGUUCUCACACUGGUGUUCCAGGCGCUGCUCGUCCUGGUGUCACUUCCAUGUUCAGCAUCCUCGCCCACCCCACCAUGAGGCACGGCGGGGUGGAAUCCCCUGGUCGAAGUGGAACAUCCACCCCUCAAAUAGGUUCUUCGGGAAUCCUCCAAAAUCUACGUCCCGAAGUCAUCAAAGGCAUCAAGGAGAUCAUUGAUGAGAUCAACGAGGCCGAUGAUGAGAUCUGUGGCGCCGCCCUCGAACAAAUCCACCCCCAAGAAACAAUCUUCACCUACUCAGCCUCUCUGACCGUUCAACGUUUCCUCCUGAAAGCCGCUUCCAAGCGCAAAUUCACCGUUUUCCACGCCGAAUCCUACCCCAACAACCACAUCAAAACCCAUGCUCUCCUCACAGGCAAGCAGGACACCGCUCCCAGCUCCACCAGUCCUCAAGAUGACGACGACGAAAACCUCCCCAGCGACACCUUUUCCAAACCUCUCACAUCUGCAGGAAUCACCGUCAUCAUGAUUCCCGACUCAUCUAUCUUCGCCCUCAUGCCACGCGCUAGCAAAGUCAUCCUCGACACGCACGCCGUCAUGACCAACGGCUCCGUCGUUGCCGCCGCGGGCACCAAGGCCGUCAUCAAAGCCGCCAAAUUCCACCGCGUGCCUGUCCUCGCUCUGGCCGCCACCUACAAGCUGUCCCCUCUGUAUCCCUACGACCCCUACAGUCUAAUUGCGUACGGCGACGCCGGGAAAGUAGUGCCCUUCCAGGACGCCGAAUUACGGCAGGGUCUGGUCUCUGGUGUCCGAAAUCCUCUGUAUGACUUUGUCGAGGCCGGCGAUGUGGAUUUGUUUGUCACAAAUCAAGUCCCCGCGGUCGUCAGUCCGGGCUAUCUCUACCGCGUGGUCAGGGAUCAAUACCGGGAUGAGGAUUUGGAGCUAUAG